AUGCGCUGGGGAGGCGACUGCAGAUGGAACAGCCUGUGGGUCCGCUCCAGGCGAGAUGGAAGCUGUCUCAGCUCAGGCCAUGGAGCAAAAUACCCCAGACCAGUGGUUGAGGGCUUCCCCGUGGUUCAGUGGAUCAGGAAUCCGUCUGCAGUGGAGGAGAUCAAGGUUCAGUCCCUGGGUUGGGAAGAUCCCCCAGGGGAGGGCAUGGCAACCCACUCCAGUAUUCUUGCCUGGAGAAUCCCGUGGACAGAGGAGGAGCCUGGCAGGCUGCAGUCCAUGGGGUCGCAAAGAGUCAGACACGACUGCAGUGACUAA